AUGGACGGCGAUACUGGGAAAUUAUAUAGCAAGGAUAUUGCAAAUAUUAACAAGGUUUCAGAAAAAAAAGUUAAACUUUUUGAUUACCCUUUAAUUGGGAAUACACACAAAGACAUAGCAAAGAGCAAAGGCAAAGUAAGAAAUGGCGCAAAUAAGGAGGAGACAUCUUUCGCAGCAAAAACUAAUAUUACUACAAAAAAUUAUUCCAAGUCAAAGAAAGAAACAAAUCAAGUGCUAAGUAAGAAACGUGUCCGCAAAAAUUCAAUUGAUUUUCAAGUUCUCAAACGCACAUUUUCAUCAAAUAGUAAUAAUAUUAAUGGUAGACUAAAACACACAUCUUCAAAGAUUUAUAAAGAAAAUAUUAUAAAUGAUUAUGCAGCAUCCAAAUCAGAUUUAGAUUACAAAAUCAACGAUGAAGUUAAGGUGUUAUACGCAACUGAAAUUUCUCAAAGUAAUAGAAAUUUAAAGCGCUUUGACAUAGGAAAAGUAGAGUCCAAUAAAAGACAAUCAUCAGAUAUCUUUGGCUUUCAACGUUGUAACCGGCGAAAACGUAACUUAAACUAUAACAUGAAUGUGAUUUACAAAUUUUUGCGAGGGGAUACACCGGAUAAGAAUUUGAAAUCCCAUGAAAUAUUGUGCUGUAAGCAUUACUCUUUUGAAAAUGUUUCUCAAGAUAAAUCUAAGAAAAAGUCUUCGUUCGUCAAGUGUGAAAAUGGAUUUUCAUCGCACUAUAAUUUAGUAAAUUUCUCACAAUGCUGCGGUAGUUCAAAUAUUUAUAUGUUAAAACCUAAAUCCUUAAAUAACAUAGAAUCUUCGAAGAAAGAAAACGCUGCUUGUUCGUGUUCAGAUUUAAAUAUAUGUAAAUCUUUUUUUAAAAAAUCGGAGAGUAUAAAAAAAAUUCAUGGAGAUCUAUCAAAAGUAAAAUGCAAGGAAAAGAAAGUUGCCACUUCUGUAUUUCCAACUUCAAAACCUUUUACAUGGCAAACAACAGCUGUUAACGUCUGUCAACCUUCUCGGAGAAUUGCUAAUUCUUCCAAACAUGACCUCACUGUAAAGCCCAAUGUUCUUAAAAGACCCAAAAAGAGAAUUAAGCUGUCUUUUGACCCAUUAACUUUUUUAAAAGUUAUCAUCAAAUAUGUGCUUUCUGUGAUUGCUAUAAUUAUAUGGUCCCCUUGCAUUUUAAUAAUAGGUAUUGGUUGGUUAAUUUCGUAUCCUCUACGACCUCAACAGGAGCGUGAUAACAAUAAAAAUUAUAAAAAUUCAAAUAGCAAAAGAAAACUUUCAAAUGGUGAUCAAAAACAAUCACAUAAACAAAAAAGUGAUUUGCCACAAACUUCUUUUGAAAUACUUGCUAGACCAAAAAACAAAGAAAUUUUAAGCAGUAAAGAAAAAUGGACAGUAAAAACAUUUAGAAAUCACAAAAGUAUUUUUAAUGAAAGUAAUUUCAGUAUACAUGACCGGGCUGGAACUGUUAUAGCAUAUCCAAGUCAAAUAUUGAAGCCAUGUCCGGCUAGAAAAAGAAAAAAAAGUGUUACUUUCAAGCAGCCUUAUGAGGAAGCUCUGGAUGAUGUUCCAAAAAUACGGAAGAAAGUUAGUGAAAAAGAUUUUAGCAAAUGUUUAAGUGUUACAGAUUCUGUACAAAAGCCAUCUGGUACAAUAGCAGAAGUAAGUCAAAAGAAACGACAUUUAAAAAAAAACUCAUGUUCGGGAAAAGUAUCAAAAAGAAGACAAAAUUGUCGUUAUUUGAUACAAAAUUUUCCAGAUGAAUGCUCCGAAAUGUUUAAUAAACAAUGUCCUUUGAGAAAAAGUAAAAAGGUUAGGGUUUGUGUACCAAAAUCAGCACCAAAACGUCUUAAAAGAACUCUCCACUCAACCAGCUCAAAAACUAAUAAUUAUACGCAUUGUCCAAAACAUUCAAAAAAUAAUAAAAUUAAUGUUACAGUAACUACACGUAAACGUAUUUCACGUAAAUCUAUGAAACAUCACCACCCCGACAGAAAAAUUAACGAUCAUCCCAGUUUAUGCAAGCCAAUUUGCGUUGGACAGCCAAGCCCUUGCCAGAAGCUUCCUUUAAGUAGCAGAUCAUCUACAACUUGUACUUCAGAAACUCUAAAAAGACCUGAAGAGACAGUUCGCAAAUCUACAUCUGUCAUCAAAUUUUUUCCUCCACCCUCUCAUAUGGGCGAUGUUGUAACCGUUACUAAAUGUAAUCCACCAGAACGCACAGUGACUAAAGCUUCUUCAGUAAUUAAAUUCUUCCCAGCGCCACGUCACCGUUCCCGUACCUCUGCUAGCAAUACUCCUCGAGUUAAGAAAGAUAAAAAGAUAGUAGUAGAACCAGAAAAAAAAGAUGAUACGAAAAAAACAACAUCAGUGAUAAAAUUUUUCCCUUCGCCACAUCGUGAAAAACGCACCGUACCUACUUCUUCAAAACGUCGUCGUACUCAUACUACAUCAAUUAAUACUGAUCCAUUCAAACUAACUAGUGUAAUGAAGUUUUUUCCUGCACCACAUCAUGAAAAACAUACUUCAUCUAGCAAUACUAGACUUCCUAAAACUGUUUCCCUGAUACAACGCAAAACCCGUACUACGGCAAGUACGACUGAUCCUUUCAAAACUACUUCAGUGAUGAAAUUCUUUCCUGCACCGCAACAUGAAAAACGUACUUCAUCUGUCAAUACUAAAAUACCAAGGCCUUCAUCAUUUACCAAGUUUCUAUCACGUCGUCAGAAGAAAGAUAGUGCAAGUAGUGCUAGCUUAUUGAAACCUACUUCGGUAAUGAAAUUUUUUCCUGCCCCUCGACAUUCCAGACGUACUGCUGCGAUUAAUACUAGGCUUCCCAAACCUUUCCUUCCUUCAUUUAAACGACGUCAAUCACGAACAACAUCCAGUAAUACCGCUGCUAUAAAGAAAACAUCUGUAAUGAAAUUUUUCCCUCCGCCACAUCCUCACCGACGAACAAGGGGAGGUACUGCACGUUUAGUCAAAAAUACAUCAGUUUUGAAAUUUUUUCCAUCACCGCGACAUCGUUUACGUACCUUUGCUAGUGGCACUCGCAGUAUUAAAAAAGAAGAAGCGAAAGUUGGAACAAAAUCAUCAACAAAGAUAAUUAAAUUUUUUCCACAACCACGACAUAAAACUCGGACAACCGCAGUAAAUGUUCGAUCUAUGGAAAGAUUCAGGACAAAAGAAAGAAUUCCUCUAAAAUCAGGUGAAUCUAUUUCCACGUCAAAAGAAGUUACAAAAAAACCUACUUCUAUUAUUAAAUUUUUUCCCCAGCCUGUACAUGAGACCCACAGUUUGGGUACCAGUACCCGCCGUUUCCAAAGAACAAAGAAAACAUCAAUUCGUAGAGCAAUAAAAAUUAUAAAAUUUUUUCCACAUCCUGCUAAAUUGAAUAAACGUCAUCAAGUAGAACAAUUUCAAGAAACUUCGAAAAUUAAAGAUAAACAACUCCCUGAUGGGCAAAAGAAGGUUGUAACAGUGCAUAAGUUUUAUUUACCGGCUCGUUCUCGUACUCGUGAUACCGCAAUUGGCCCGAAACCUAUCAAAAGACACUCCAAAAAAGUUAUGUUAAAAAGACCUACUCCAAUCAUUAAAGUUUAUACACCACGGCAUCGCCUAGGCAAAAACGCCCCGCUGCGCCGCGCCUACACGUCGGCCGGCCAACUCCAGCCGAAGCCGACCGGCCGGCGCCGAAGUGACACGAACGAAUGA